AUGAGCGAAGACAGCCAGCCACGUCUUGUGAAAUCUGAACCCAUCCCGUGGGACCAUGAUCAGAAUGCAGAGAGCUCCAAUGAAAGCAACGAGUACGAGCCAGAAUGGGUGGAGGGAAGAGCGCUGGUGAUGAUGAUUGCAGGUAUCACGCUUGUCGUGUUUUUGAUGCUGUUGGAUAUGUCGAUUGUUUCGACGGCCAUUCCCAAAAUCACCAAUCAAUUUAACUCGCUUGAUGAUGUUGCAUGGUAUGGGAGUGCAUAUACAAUCUCUAGUGCCGCUCUCCAGCCGCUGACCGGGAAAUUCUACACUAACUUCUCAUCGAAAUGGACAUUCCUCUCCUUUUUUAGCAUUUUCGAAGUGGGCUCCUUGAUUUGUGGGGUAGCAAACUCUUCUAAAAUGCUCAUCGUCGGCCGCGCGAUUGCAGGAAUGGGAUCAUCGGGCAUGAUGAACGGGGCGUUGAAUAUCCUGGCCGGCGCAGUGCCGAUCAAGAAGAGACCGGCGAUGAUUGGGAUCAUCAUGGGGUUUGGCCAACUGGGCUUAAUUGGAGGGCCACUGGUUGGUGGUGCCUUUACGACUUACUCGACUUGGCGGUGGUGCUUCUAUAUGAACCUCCCCAUCGGGGCAUUAGUUGGUGCCCUGCUCCUCUUCACACGCAUCCCAGACCAAAAGCCAAAACAACCCGCCCGCGAGAUCCUGCGUUCGGUCUUCCUGCAAAAAUUCGACUUCAUUGGGUUUUCGCUGUUCGCUCCGGCCUCGAUCAUGCUCCUUCUGGCCCUACAGUAUGGUGGGAAUGGCUCCUCAUGGGACAGUGCGACAGUCAUUGGCCUGUUCUGCGGGUCAGUCGCGACAUUCGUGGUCUUUGCCUUGUGGGAACGGCAUAUGGGCAUCGAGGCAAUGAUUCCGGGUCAUUUAGUCUGCGACCAGAUUGUGUUAUCCAGCAGUCUACUAUCUAUGAUGAUCUUCGGGUUUACGAUGACUCUCUCAUACUACCUGCCCAUGUACUUCCAGUCCGUUCGGGGCAAGUCCGCCUUGGUAAGCGGUGUCAACUUGUUGCCAAACAUCCUAUGCCAGUUGGUCAUGGCCGUGACAUCUGGGGUGUUGACCUCAAAGCUAGGUUACUAUCUUCCUUGGGGAGUCCUCGGAGCUAUUCUAGAUGCCGUGGGUAACGGCCUCCUCUCUACCCUGUCACCUGCUACCUCAGUGCCCACCUGGGCCGGCUACGAAUCACUGGUGGGAUUCGGUCGAGGUGCCAUCUCCCAAGUACCCAUGAUCGCCAUCCAAAACGCGGUCAAAGCUGAUGAUAUCUCCACUGCCAUGGCCAUGAUGACCUGUGCCCAGACCUUUGGCGGUUCCAUUUUCCUGGCCGUGGCGGAAGUCAUAUUCGCCCAGGGCCUUAGGACGAAGAUUCCCGAGUACGCCCCCACUGUGAAUGCCGAGGCAGUCAUUCAGGCCGGGGCAACCGGAUUUCGCCAAGUGGUGUCGGCGCAGGACCUGCCGGCAGUGUUGGCGGCGUAUGCGAAGAGUAUAGAUCGGGUUUUCUCUUUGAAUACCGCACUGUCCUGUGCGCAGUUUGUCUUCGCAUGGGGAGUUGGAUGGAGGAGUGUGAAGAAGGGGAUGGAGGAGGACAAGGAGAUGGAUAAGAGCUAG